UCUGCUCCCACCUACCUCCUAGAAACCUGAUUUCCACUCAGCUGGGUAAACCCAAGAGACUGUUGAUUUUGGACACAAGAAAAAAGGCUGUAUAGUGACGGACAACACUGUGGGCCUGUCCGGACAGGGGGAUUUGGAGAUCUCAUCUGUUCUCACUGCAGAUGUUUAUUCUUAUUAUGUGAGAAGGGUCCACAUAGGUCUUUGGAUCGCCAGGGAUAUCAGAGACAACCAAGUAGAGCCAUGGGGAGGAAGCAGAGGACUCAUUAUGGACUGCACAAGCACUGUGAGAACUGUAUCAACAGAUACUGCCAAGCCCCAGUUGAGCCGGCUGUCUCUUGUGUGGUCAUCAGCUGCCAUUCCCGCUGUGGCGCUGCCUUUCACAUGUGCAAAGAGGAGGAACAUCAACUUUUGUGUCCCCUAGAAGAAGUCCCAUGCCUCAACUCUGCUUACGGCUGCCCGUUCACCAUGGCCCGUUUUAAAAUGGCAAAACAUCUCCAGGUCUGCCCAGCCAGUAUAGUGAGCUGCUCCAUGGAAUGGAAUCGUUGGCCAUGUCUGGAUUCUGAAGCCAUUUUGCAUGAAAAUAUUAUGAAGGAAGAACACAGCGAAAAGUGCCUGGAUGUGGCCCUGGCCCUGAGAGAUCAGGAUGCUCUCUUUAGGGUACUCAAAAUGGCUGAACUUUUCCCUGAAUGCAAGGAGAUUAUCAUCACAGACAAAACAGCUUCUGAUGAGGAGGGCCUUGGAGAAGAAGCUACUGGAGGCGGAACUGGUCAGAAUCAAACAAACGAUGCUGAACCAGCUGAGCUCACUCAAGAAGAGCGUGAGAAUUUGGCAAAGGACAAAGAAAGUGUGGAUUUGAUUGGUUAUAAAGCUUGGGAGAAUAUGUUUAGCAAAGAAUUUCAAGCAUGUAAAGUAACAGAACAAUCUACUGGUAAUGGGAAAAACAAAACUGAGAGCAGGUCUCUGAAUGCAGGGCAUACUCCUAGUGAGAGUGUUGUGAAUGAAGCCAGCAGUGUGAGAGACUGUGAGGAAACCCAACCUCCUUCGGAAAUCAGUUUAGCAGCUGAAAAGACAGGCCUGGCUCCUUGGCAAGAUGGAGUGCUGGAGAGACUGAAAAAGGAAGUUCCUGUAGGGGAGUAUAAUAUGUAUCUGGUGCACCAUGGAAGAAUGCUUAUUCAUUUUGGGCAGAUGGCUGCUUGCACUCCCCGAGAGAAAGACUUUGUGUAUGGAAACCUGGAAGUCCAUGAAGUGAAGACAGAGACGACCUUCAAAGUACCAACCAGUUAUUGUGGCAAAAGAGCAUGUCUUGGGGAUCCAACAGCGCACAAGAAGCCAACUAAGACUGUAUCUCUGGACACUUCAGAUUUAGGGAUAAGUGCCGAGGAACUUCCUCAGUCUGAUGCAAUAAAAACUACGCUGCUCUGUGCCCUGGAGAAAGAACUGAAAGGGCACGAGAUAUCUCAGACAAAGUCUAUUGAUGGUCUAUAUGUAGAUUUCGGGACCCAAACAUAUAGAUUUGCCACGGAGCCUUUCUCCUCCACAGAUGUCCUGGCAGAUGUUCUCGAUACAAAUGAUUCACCAGGCCUAAAUUUACAGCUGCGUAGCGAGAGUGUAACCCAAAGGCAUAAUAAAAGCAGCUCAGCAUUCACAUUCUCCUGCAACCACUUUUUCAGAAGAGAUGAAUUUCCUUCACAUUUCAAGAAUGUUCACACGGAUAUCCAGUCCUGCCUAGAUGGAUGGUUCCAGCAUCGCUGCCCGCUUGCCUAUCUUGGUUGCACUUUUGUUCAAUAUCCUUGGUGCCCUUUUGGGCAAAGAUCAAGUGUCAUUUACAGCCAGCAUCUCCAGACAUUUGCUCUCAGGCCAGAGGUUGACCCUGCACUCUUAAAGAAAUACAAAUUGAUCAGAAAUAGCAAGGGGAAAGAAGUGGAUGCUCUGAGCAGCCUUCCCUUGGAAAUCCUGAAGUACAUUGCUGGGUUUUUGGACAGCAUCAGCUUGUCCCAGCUGGCUCAGGUGUCAGUGCAAAUGAGGGACAUCUGUGCAACUUUGCUGCAAGAGAGAGGAAUGGUUUUUCUGCUGUGGGAAAAGAAGAGGUAUUCUCAUGGCGGCACCUCUUGGAGAGUCCGCAGAAAGGUAUGGAAAUUUAGUACUCUGUUCUCCACUGUUAACAACUGGCAGUUGAACGGCAUUCCUUCCAUGGCUGAACAUUUAAAAACCUGCCCUUUCUAUGAGGUGGAGCACAAGAAGGAUCCUGUUUUGCUGACUAGCAUGAUUCUGCCAGAAGAGCGGUCGCAAGAGAGUUUGGUCUCUACGUUCACACAUGGACCAAGUCCUAAGAAAGUUCAGAGAAGAUUGUAUUGAUUUAUAGAGAAAGAGUACUUUCAUUCUGGAAAUAAAAUGUUAAACAAUUGGGGACUCUCUGAAAUGCACUAAGGGUUCUUUUCUUCACCAAUACAGAAGAAUUCAUAACCACAUCAGACUUUUUUCCUUUCU